AUGGCGGCGGCGGCGGCAGCGGCGGGCGCGCAGGAGAGCCGGGCGCCGGGGCAGCAGGAGAGCGGGGCGCCGGGGCAGCGGGGGCAGCAGGAGCAGCCGGCCGCGCCGGGCCGUCGGGCCCUGUACUUCUGCGGGAGCAUGCGGGGCGGACGCGAGGACCGGGCGCUGUACGAUCGGAUCGUGUCCCGGCUGCGGCGCUUCGGGACGGUGCUCACCGAGCACGUGUUGGAUGUGGAGCUGGGCGCGCAGGGGGAACAGCCUGCGGAGGGUGACAGGUUCAUCCAGGAGCGGGACCUGGCCUUGCUGCAGCGGGCGGACUUGAUUGUGGCAGAAGUGACCCAGCCGUCCCUGGGUGUGGGCUAUGCAGUGGGCCGGGCCGAGGCCCUCAAUAAGCGAAUCCUGUGCCUGUUCCGCCGGAAGUCUGGCCGAGUGCUCUCGGCCAUGAUCCGCGGAGCAGCAGACGGCUACCGGUUCCAGGUGUGGGACUACGAGGUGGGCGAGGUGGAGGUCAUGCUGGACCGAUACUUCGCAGCUAACCCUCCCCAGCAGCUGGCUUCCUCCCGUGACCCAACCACUUGACUUUGCCCCUUCAUUAAAUUCUUCAGAUCCCUGACUCUGCUCUGUACCA